CGAUCCAGACCGAUCGUGGUGGACUGACUAUUGGCCCGACCGAAUAGAAUCGAAACAAAAUUUGACAUCCCCAUUUCAAAAUCGAACAGCGACGAUCAAUCCCUGCUCCUCCGUCCUCCGUUCUCGAGGAGAAUUAGGGUUUCCGCAGCUCCGUACCAUGACUUACGCAUCUCACAUCUUCCGUCACUCGAAGAAGUUUAGAAAUGCUCCGACCUUACUACGUCAGGAUCAUGCAAUCCUGGUUCGCUGGUUUGCCAAUGACACACGCUCCUCUGUUGAUUUAGGAGAUGAUAUUCUGAAGUUCCGCCGAUUUGGUUGUGUGCCUGGAGAAAGAGAUGGAGUUUGUAAGUCUUCCAGUGGAUGCACUUCCAGUACAGCCAUCUAUAGUCAAAGUCAUAGAGCUAUAAAUCAUGCCAUGAUCUCAUCAAUAGAAAAACGUGAGGGAAAUGCUCCUAUGGCUUGCUUGGUGUUUAACAGAAGUUUUUCGUGUACACAGUUGCUUCCCAGGAGAAAUAUUUCGACUGAUGCAGGCCUUCCUUCCCACCAAGAGAUUGGGAUGCCUUCUCUUUCGCCUACGAUGACUGAGGGUAAUAUUGCAAGAUGGUUGAAGAAAGAGGGAGAGAAAAUUUCUCCUGGCGAAGUACUCUGUGAAGUCGAAACAGAUAAAGCAACGGUAGAGAUGGAAUGCAUGGAGGAAGGAUAUCUAGCUAAAAUCAUUCAUGGAGAUGGAGCCAAAGAAAUUAAAGUUGGCGAGGUGAUUGCCAUAACUGUUGAGGAACAGGAGGAUGUUGCAAAGUUCAAAGAUUACAAACCUUCAACAGAGGGUGCUGCAGCUGCUCCUAAAUCUCCUCCUGUUUCUUCUCCUCCCAAAGAAAUAGUUGAGGAACCUGCCAGUUCACCAGAGCCAAAACCUUCCAAGCCUCCUGCGGUUCCUGCGGCAGACAGUCGCAUCUUUGCUAGCCCUCUUGCUAGGAAAUUGGCUGAAGAUCACAAUGUAUCCCUCUCAAGCAUCAAAGGAACAGGUCCUGAUGGGCGCAUUGUGAAAGCUGACAUUGAAGAUUACUUGGCUUCUCGUGGGAAGGAAGUUUCAGCAGGAGCCCCUAAGGUUGAUGUUACAACUGCUGGAGCUCUGGAUUACGCAGAUAUUCCUCAUUCUCAGAUAAGAAAGGUCACAGCUUCGCGAUUGUUACUCUCAAAGCAAACCAUCCCACAUUAUUAUUUAACUGUAGAUACUUGUGUUGACAAACUGAUGGAAUUACGGGGACAACUCAAUUCAUUACAAGAAGCUUCUGGUGGAAAGAGAAUUUCUGUGAAUGAUCUUGUAAUUAAGGCUGCUGCUCUGGCUCUUCGAAAAGUUCCUCAGUGCAAUAGUUCAUGGACCAACGACUACAUCCGACAGUAUCACAAUGUGAAUAUCAAUGUUGCUGUGCAGACAGAUAAUGGACUUUACGUCCCUGUCAUUCGGGAUGCUGACAAGAAAGGUCUAUCCAAAAUUGGCGAGGAAGUCAAACAUUUGGCUCAGAAAGCAAAGGAUAACAGCUUAAAACCAGAAGAUUAUGAGGGAGGCACAUUUACUGUGUCAAAUUUAGGAGGACCUUUCGGUAUAAAGCAAUUUUGUGCCAUCAUCAAUCCUCCGCAGUCGGGCAUUCUAGCUGUUGGGUCUGCUGAGAAGAGGGUUAUACCGGGUUCUGGCCCUGAUCAAUUCAAGUUUGCUUCCUACAUGGCCACAACAUUGAGCUGUGAUCAUCGUGUCAUAGAUGGUGCAAUCGGUGCAGAAUGGCUGAAAGCAUUCAAAGGCUACAUUGAAAAUCCGGAAUCAAUGUUGCUGUAAAUCAGUCAAGUCCUUUUUUUUUUCCCCGAAAAUAUUUUUGCCUCGCUGUGAUCACUCAGAAAGAGGGACUCCAAUUGAUCACAGGGGAUCGUUUCUGGCUUUCCAUUUGCCUCGACUGAUUGUAUCACUCAGCGUAGUGGUUUGCCUAUAGGAACAAGGGUUAGAUUGGUUUUUCUGAAUAAAGGGGGCCUUGAGGCAUGAAACCACGUUCUGAAUUUUGUUCAUGUAGAGUGUAAAGACACCCCACCCCGUCUUUGUGCGAUGAUUUCAGCUGAGAAGAUAUUGGCUGCAUUAACAGUGACUGCUUGUUAGAAUAAUAAAUUAUCUGUUUUUUCUUGGCAAGUAAUAAAUUAU